AUGCGCGUGUACCAAGCUAACAAAUUAUCAACGAUUUCAUCACCAUCAAAUCAAUACACAUUACCAUCGACAACGACAGUACCUCCGACAUAUUCACCGUCAACAUUACCAGUUGGCCCUGAUGGCUUAGUUACUGCUCCUCCAGCUGUGAACGUUCGUCAAGCUAAACCGGGCUCUCCUUUAUAUCAUCGGCCAAUGAUUCAUCUUGAUCAUGCUGAACAUCAUACAAAUGAUCUGAUAUGUCCAACUUGCAGUUCGACGAUAGCUUUAACUUUAGAAAAGAAAGCAGUCUGA